AUGGCCCAUCAGGAUCCAGCUCAUCAAUUCAAAGAGAUACAAUCAGUUAUCGCCCAUUAUGAGGCCACUUUUGCAAACAAUCCAUCUCCCCAGGCCAUUUAUGAUGAGAAGCAGGCAAGACUGCGCACACAAGUUAAAGAGGCAGUCGCCUCUUUGCGUGCUGCAGAAACUGAUGAAGAGAGCGCGACCUACGAAGAUGUCGUUAUCGACUUGAGUGGUCAGAUGGAGGACCUGAAACGUCAUUACACUGAAAAAAGUGCUCAAUAUGCUAGAGAGCAUGAGCUUCGCCUCAGAGAGAUAAUGGAUAACCUCCGUGACCGACUGGCUCAUAUUUUGGGACUUCAAAACCCAACUCAAAAUCAAACGCCCAUCAGCCAACAAGCUUGCGACCAACCACCAUCGGACAUGCAGCAGGACCAGGACCAACACCAGAACCAGAACCCUCCAAACACGGAAACACACGAGACUGAAGCAGCUCGAGAUGAAUCUGCACAAGAAUCAUCUCACGCGUCGCAGCAUGUAGGGACUGGAACUGGAACAAAAACCACGAUAGAUGAAUCCCUCAGAAAGGAUCCUCCCAGUAACGAAGCCGUCGUGGCCACACCGGAACCGGAAGAUGCCAUCGACCAAGGCCCAAUGUUUCGCGAUGAAGAAGAUGACCACGUAGACAAUGAUAAGACCAACGAUGAUGCAGUCAACGGCGAUGAGAACGCAGAGGUUGAAAUGGCUGAUGCCGAGCAGCCUAUAGAGGUUGAGUCGGCGAAACCCAGGAACGAGUUUCCUGAAAAAACGGCAGUUAACAUCACUACUGCCAGUCGAAAUUUGCAGACUGCUCCUCUAUCACCAGUCUCGACUUGCGAUGAUAUCACUCCACGUCGAGCCACUGAACAACGGCAUAGAUCACAAUGGUCUAUGAAUGCGCCUCCCCGAAAUAUUCUCUCCUCAACGGGCAAAGAAACCUUGUCCAAGAAACGAAAAGCAUCAACGCCAGUCUCCACAACGGGUAAACGCCACAGGACUGACCCCGCGAGUUCGGCAGAGUCGCCACAGAAGUCUAGAACAGAACAGUCAUGUCAGACUACAGCAGAAACAUCUCGCAGGUCUACAACGGAACGCUCAAUCAAACCACCAAUGCCUGCAGUGGCAGAGCCUUCAGAGAGAGUGCUGAGACGCAGCCAUAGACACACCGAAGAGUCGACAGACAAUGACAAAUUCGAGGGUAUCUUGCAUCCCAAGCCCGGAAACAUUUAUACCACCUACUGGAAGAAAACUAAAGAAUGGCUUGCUGUUGUCUUGCUUCCAAUGGGCGACUUUUCCACCGUGGGUAUUCCAGGUUCCAUUGUAUCUUGUGAUCUGAUAGAAACUUUACCCUCUUGCUACAACAAGACACCAAAGAGGGGCAAAUACGUAUGGGCUAAAGGUUAUAGGAAUCGAGAAGCUCAUGAAAAGGAGCGUAUGUUUCCUGUUAUGUUUUUUGACGGUCGGCCUUUUCCUGGCAAGAGUGCCAUCAUGUGGAUUGAAGCUAGAGAAUUACGUGACUUUGACCCCAAGCAGAAACAUAAGCUUAUUCCUCACCUCAAGACAGUUCGUGGAUACCUCAAAUCAAGGGAUUGGUCCGAGGACGAGGAAGACUCGGACGAAGACUCAGAAGAAGUCAAGGACGAUGAAGGGGAAGACGCAGGAGAGGAUAAAGGCGAAAGCGCAGAAGAAGAACGAACCAGGGAGGGCUCAGUAUGGCAGGAAGAUCCAGGAUGUGAAUCCCCUCAACGAACGGAUGCCGAAGAGCACCAGGAGACCCUGCCCACAGAAGAACCUGCGUCACAAGUCAACGAUAACCCACCUCAGCCUAGCAACCAGCAAAAAUCGCGACCGCAAGAUCAAUCACAAUCAGCGUCUGAAUCCUCGGACAUACCACAACAUCAGACGGAACAUCCACUGCAAAAACGCUUUCCAACUUCGUUCUGGUCAACAGUGUCGGCGGCACUGCCUAGGCUCCCAUCAGUCGCACCAAUAUCCCGUCUCGAUCAACCGCCAGAUUUAGCAGUACAUUCCCCCCAGGAAUUCUCUACCGAAGGAGUGAAGAGGAAGCCUCGCAUAACAAGCGAUACUUUCGUCAUCGUAGAUUCAGAUUCAGAGGAUGAAAAUGAGAUGACCCAUAGUCAAGACGGAACGGUCCCUUCAGAUGCGCCAAACGCGGACAGAAUAAAUGAUCAACAUGCACAUCAGCAAGACAAGCAUGAGGCGGAGCAGAGGCGCAAGACAAAGGAUGCUGUUGUUGAUUAUAUAGAUAAAUGGAAUCCUGAUAUGGAAAGGCACCCUAGUUCACAUCUGCCUGAUUUCCAAGCUUCUACGUCGCAAAACACGGUUCCACGCCGAUACUCGCCCCUUCCUCCUAUUCAACAAGUCGUUUCCAACCUUCCAUCACAAGCUGCUCAUCAGAUUAUCAACGGACAAUUACAAGACACCCGCCCUCAGCAACCGGGACCUCAUCAAGAGUACGGCAAUGAGUUUCAGAACGGCCGCACAACACAAUCAUCUUACAAUUCAUUUCAUCUUCGACCCCUGCCGGUUGAGACUCGCCCACAACCCCAAUACUCGGUACCAAAGGACACGAAUGAGGCCCACACAACCCAACGCUUUGCAGUGAUGAAUUCUGGGGCCGUAAUGAAGGUGGUACCCCCUCAGCAGCCUCAGGGGUCUGCGCCUCUGCCAGCUCAGAACCACACGUCCUGUACUGUGCCUGUACCACCACAGCAACUUAGCUGUGCUCCACCAGAGCAAGCACAACCUCGACCCGACGCUCCAGCAGCACGUCAGCCAUCUCACCCAAUUAAACCCCAAGAACCUAGAGCAAUCCCCGAUAACCUAGAUGCUGGGGAACAAUUAAUGCGUCUCUAUCAAAAUAUCAGUCAACCCACACGCACAGAUGACGAAGCGUCCCAAGGACAAAUGCAAUCUUUAUCAGACAACCAACCGGCGCCACAAGCCGUUAUACAGUAUUAUCACACACACCAGAUGCCAGGUUCAAAUAAGUACAAUAAGCAGCAGCGCGAAUGGCUACAAAAAACCGAUGCGCGGGACGAAGAACUGUAUGCACAAAGAGGUCAUCUGGACCCCAGCCAUACAUGCUUUCACGCCCUCCCUGGCAGCACUGGAAAGGUCUCUCUUGACAGCGACGUUUUGGAAAGCGGCUAUUUCCCUAAUGGCCUCGGAAGAUACCUACAAAAUUACCCGUCGAUGAAUGGACUAUCACCAGUCCAUCCAAUCACUGGAUUUUAUGGUGCGACAUCUAGUGCAUCAUUGGCUGGUAAAUAA